AUGUUCCGACAGAUUGUAUCUAGAGAUAGUUUAAAGGUUCAUGUCGAGACAAAUAAAAAGUAUACAGGAAAAGAUAUAAAUGAUGGUUCCAAAAAAUGGAUUUCAAAUGAAUCGGAAGUUAAAGAAUGGAGCCAAAUAAACGAUUCUGAAGCAACCGAUAAGAUGUCUGGAUUUAAAAAACUUGCACGCAAUAUCCUUUUCAGUAAUGACCACAAGGAGAUCGAAGCUCACACAAACAGUUCAAAUGAAAGAACAGUAUCCAGCGGCCAUCACAAAAAUAUUAAAAAUCCAAAGGGUGAUUAUUCAUUUGGGAGACGGACAGCAAGAAAAAUGUUGAGUGAUUGGUUUAAUGACACAAAAAAGAAAACCGGACAAACGCUAGAAGAUGAGGAUUUUGCUGUGAAGGAAAGAUUACUCCUCAGUAAAUUGAUUGAGGCGAACCUUGGCAAACUAUCAAACAUAUCGGAAGAAAAUAAUUUUAAAAAGCCAGACAAUCAUAUAGUAAUGGAAAGCGGACAUGUACUCAAGACAAACUUGGGUGUCUUGAAUCGAUAUUCCAUUUCUAGUAAAGAUACUACCGGCGAUGACCUAAUGAGCACAUUUAGGACUGUUACCAUUACUAAUAUCCCGGAACGAACCAGUAUACCUUCUAUUUUGGCUCAAAUACAUGGGGGACCCUUGAGUAAGCUGUUUCUUGUGAGCUCUCAAGAUUGGAAACCUAUACGGCAGCCAUUUUUCUGGAGGCAACAUAUCAAUUGGCAACGAACAGCGAUUAGACUAGAAUUCAGUACUCACAUGCAUGCUCUCAGCUUCUGGAAAUAUUCCAAAAGUGGAUCAUUCCUGGUCAAUGGCCAUAAACUAGAAGUAUUUUACGUGCCAAAUUACCCAGUAAAAAGUGAAGUUAAUACUAAACAAUUGGUGCAGACAGAUAACAAUUUGAUUGCUUCCAUGAAGGAGCCUGAAUGCGCUCGAAGAGUACUUGUUCUAAAAAAGCCAAUUCAAAACAAAAGAAGAUUUGGAGCUAAAAAACAUUACUCUUACCCAGAUCCUAAUCUUAACUAUAGCUCAGACUUCAAAAUAGAAAAUAUAAUUAAAGAUUUUUCUGUGUUUGGGGAUAUUGUUGAGGUUACACCUGUGAUAUCACGCAAACUAUGUUUCGGAGUGCAGUUUUUUGAUACAAACUCUGCUAUAGAAGCAAAGCAGAGUAUUGAAGGAAACGGUGAAUUUGAAGAUGAAGUAAAAAGAAAAUUCUCUGCGAAAUACAAUGACUGGUAUGUUUGGUAUGGAAAGGAUCCGACAGAUAGUCCAAUAAUAUGUUAA